CACCGCUGACGUGAGGGCGACGCGGGGCCGGCGCGGGCGGAGCGGCAGCGCCGCUGCGGAGCCGGCGGCCGUCGGGCUCGUCGUCCCCACCUCCUCGCGUCCGUAAGCAGUGACGAGGUCCGCUACGUAAAUCCCUUCGCGGCGGGAUAAAGAAGAAAAGGAGGAAGGAGCAAAGUUUGAUUGCACAUGUCUUGAUAAUGAGUAAAUGUAGCAGGAAAAAAUAUAUUAAGACAAAUAUCAGACAAAUGGCCAUGGAAACAGUUGAAUCUCCUCAGGAUGGAAGUAUAAUAAAUUCCGUGGUUGAGCGAGAUUCUGGUCAUAUGCAAACUCAGAGUGGCCAAAAUUCAAUCCCUACUCUAGCUCAGGUUUCUGUAGCUGGAUCAGGCACCGGAAGAGGCUCCCCAGCUGUGACUCUAGUGCAGUUACCUUCAGGCCAAACUGUGCAGGUCCAGGGAGUAAUUCAGACACCACAGCCAUCGGUUAUUCAGUCACCACAAAUACAAACUGUGCAGGUAGCAACAAUUGCAGAGACAGAUGAAUCUGCAGAAUCAGAAGGUGUAAUCGAUCCACAUAAACGCAGAGAAAUCCUUUCACGAAGACCCUCUUAUAGAAAAAUACUGAAUGAACUUUCCUCGGAUGUGCCUGGUAUUCCCAAGAUUGAAGAAGAAAAACCAGAGGAAGAAGGCACGGCUCCUAACGUUGCCAUGGCGGUGCCGACUAGCAUAUACCAGACCAGCACGGGGCAAUACAUUGCUAUAACCCAAGGUGGAGCUAUCCAGAUUUCUAACCCAGGAUCUGAUGGUGUUCAGGGACUGCAGGCCCUAGCCAUGACAAAUUCAGGAGCUCCUCCGGCAGGCGCCACCAUUGUACAGUACGCAGCACAAUCUGCAGAUGGCACACAGCAGUUCUUUGUCCCAGGCAGCCAGGUUGUUGUUCAAGAUGAGGAAGCUGAGCUUGCCCCAAGUCACAUGGCUGCUGCCACAGGGGACAUGCCCACUUACCAGAUCCGGGCUCCCACGACGGCGCUGCCCCAGGGCGUGGUGAUGGCCGCCUCACCGGGGAGUCUGCACAGCCCCCAGCAGCUAGCAGAAGAAGCCACGCGCAAGCGGGAGCUGAGGCUCAUGAAGAACAGAUGCCUUCAACGACAAGGCUGACAACUGAGCUGCCUAUUAAUAGAGGAGGCAGGUGUUUUCCACCAUGGCGAAGCCCUUAGGAAUGUGUCCGGUGGUCUGCUCAGUGACUGCUUUGUGCUCGCAGUGGUUCAGCUCUUAGUAACACACCCACAAAUGCACACACGUCAAAUGUAAAGUGUGGACAUUUACUGAAAACAAAACAACUUUCCAACACUGCUACUAGGUAUUUAAAUCUUCAUUUCACGGGAACUGGUUUUGUUGAAUGACUAUCUUCCUUCUAAUAGAGAAUUUAAUGGACAUAAUCAUGGUAUUUAUAAGUGCAUUUUUAUUUCACCGUGGAAGAGGUGAAUGAUGUCCUCAAACUAGAAUGUUUGUGUGUUUGGAUUUAUUCUUAGCUUCUUCCUGUGCAUCAUUUAGAUUAAAUUAUUCAGUUUUUCCAGGUUCAACUCACUUUUCCUUCCCUUUUUUUUAUUUUUUAACAUUAAUCAGCCAAAAGGUCCAGAACUUUGUGCGUUCCCAGGGUGAGUGCAUUGUUCUUGGCUAGAAAGUAGGGGCUGUUUCCUUCAGCUCAUGGGAUUUCAGUUUCUUUUCUGCCAACUCUUGCUUCUCAUAAAGAAAACACAGAUCACAAUCAGUGAGCGUCAAGUAUGGUUAACGUAGAACAUUUGGGCAAAUCAGUUGUGUGUGUCACCGUUCAGGAUUGUAGCCAUGCUCACUAGCAUUACAGUAACUCAUUUAGCCAUGUGACAUUACUUUCGCCAAAAACAUAGAUAAUAAUAUAUAGCAGUUAUGCUGGAAUUGAAGACUGAAAUAAAGCUGCUUCCAAGGGAAUCUUUCUUAAAGGAUUUAAACAAGAGUUGACCUCCCCCUAUCCUUAAAAAGAAAAGGUGAAGGAAAAAACACUAGCAAUCCUAAUUGGGUUUUUUGGUGGAAUUGUGCAUAAAGAUGACUAACUCUUGUGCUGAUUUGUCUGCUGUUUCAGUCUGUCUUGCUUUGUUUGCUUAUUUGUUGCUUUAAAAUUCUGCAUCCUGAAUAUUAAGUUUAGCAUCUGCAUAUUACAAUGCACAUGCUUACAGAAUAGUAUUGAAAUGUGCUCUAGCUGUUCAAUAACUUCCUUUUCUCUGUAAUUGUAAUUGUAGUGUUCUCAUAUUUGGGGCCUAAAUUGUCUGAAUUACUGAAUGUUGUAUUAUGUGAUGACCUGUUCUUUAAUUUUUGGAAGCAGUGUCCAUGUCAUUUUCAUUUUUUAAGAAUGUACAUGUUAUGUUUAUUGUUAUUUAUUCAUGUUGUGUUUUCUAGCCAAAAAUAAUCCCACAAAAAAAACCCUGUUUCCUGCAGUCUGAUUGGUCUUGUUUUACUGAGAUUUAAUCUUGAAGAAUAAAAAUCUUCAAUCUUAAUAUUAAAGUUUCCUGGAGAUGAAUUCUUACAGUCAUUUAAACCAAAUAAAAGGUGCUCAUUGAUGGACUAGGUGACUUUGAGAAAACCAAGCCUAGCGGAGAGCGUGGAAAGGAUAGACAGACGUGAGAAUUUGGUCCUGUUACUUCCUGUUUCUCCCACACAGUGUUGGCUGUCGUCAUCCCGGGAUGUGUGCUGUAAGAGAACCCCAGGGGGCAAGUGGUUUGUUGUCUGUUGUCCUCCGGGAAGGCCUGUGCCUGGUUGUACCUGUGGUGUCCUCCGUGGGGCCCGCGUGCGGCCUUCGCGGGGAAGGUGCUCCUCUAGUCAUCUGCCUUGUG